AUGAGCCCCGCGCCCCCCAAUAAGGGCAAGGCUCCCUUCGACGAUGAUGGAGACCUGUCUGACGGCUCAUCUCAUCCAAGCGAUGCUAUGCACGUUGAUGUCGAAGUCAUCUCCGCUCAGCUCCAAGAGGGGGACAAAAAGCCGGAUCCGGCCGCUUCCGCUCAAAUCCCAUCUCGAGACUCUCUGCGAGCCACCCUAGAGACUCAAGGCGAGAAACCUGUCAAGCUAGAACGACUUUCACCAGACCUGAAGCGAGGAUUCAGCACAAAUUCUACCGCAUUUGAUGCAGAGUCUGCUCAUUCGGAAACUACCCAGAAAUCUUCUUCGCCCCUGGAUUUGACGAUGAAAAGGAAGAAAAAGAAGGUCAAAGAUACGGACAACCAUGGACAUGGCGCAGCUUAUGACGCGCUGAGGGAAGUCGUCGAAAAUCGUUUAUUGGACGCAGAUCAAAUUGUCAAGUCAGAGUUCUCACAGAACGAUAUCACGACCCAGCUCCGGGGUCCCGGUCACCAAUCGCUCGAGAGAUCAAGCGCGAUGUCUGAAGGCGACACCGCGAGCAGCGCGUCUAAUGCAGAGGAUGAGCCAGGGAUUCAGAACGAAGACCCUACAAAGAAGGUCCAACGCCUCAUAGUCGAUAGGGUCAUGUCAUCAUUCAUGAGUUGGCUUGACAUAAAGAAGCAAGUCAAGCGAGAGAAGGAGGAGCAAGGGAGUGAAACGCAAAUAGAGGAAGCCUUGUUGGAAGCUGCCCCUGGCGGCGAUGCUGCAGACGAGGCCCUCCCCGAGUCCAGUCCAACAAUGUUGGCAAGUCUUUCUACUAGCGCGGCGAGCUCUUCAAGAGGGCAUGAACUCGAAAGCUUCAUGUAUCGUCAAGUUCCAGCUCCUAGUGCUCCUGCACCCGUCACUCGCCACAGACAUUCAAACAUUGCUCUCCCACCGCCGCCCCCGCGAGUCUCAAAGAUGAAGCCACGAAAAGUGUUAAAGUGUGGAGGGGCUUCAAUGCAAAGACCACCGCCGCCAAUGGGACGAGGGUCGCAGUUAUCUGCGACCUAUGUGCCAAGUUCCGAUUCAACGGUAGAUUUUGCGGGGAUACCACCACUAGCAUCAGCGACAGAACCACCAGUUCCAGCACUAAUACCACCGCAGCAGGUGCAGUCGCGAUCAGGCUACACUGCUAGGGGGGCAAGCGAGGUCGAAGAAGUCUCACGUUCUGGCAAACGGAGUGCUGCUCCAGAAUCAACAUCUCGAUCCUUCGUCUCGGCAGCGUGGCCGAUUAUAGGAUCACCCGCUCCUUCGCACCCGGCAGGAGCUUCACGGCAAAUACCGGCAGAGAAAGGAGCGGGUGACACCAGCACAGUGACUAUGCACACAGGCAAAAGGGGGCGUAAGGAAAACUCGUUGAGAAAACACGACAGGUCUGCAGGCGGUCGAGCGCCGGGUGAAGAAGAGGAAGAGGACGAAGGAAAUCAACUGCCCCGAGCGAAACUGUCCAAAGUCCAGGAAGACGCCAUUGUGGGCGCAAAACUUGCGUGUCCCUUCUUCAAGCACAAUCCGAGGAAGUACAAAUCCCAGCGACCAUGCUGUGGGCCAGGCUGGGACCAAGUUCACCGUAUCAAGGAGCACAUUUAUCGCAAGCACUCUCUUCCAAAGUUCUCGUGCCCGCGGUGCUCGCAGUCUUUCGAGACCCAACUGGCUCUGCAAGCCCACGCCCGCUCGCUGGACGCCUGUGACGUACGCGAACCGGAAGUCUUGGAUGGCAUCACGCAGGAUCAAGAGAAGAAGCUUCGUUCUCGGAAGAAGACGUCGGUCAAAGAACUCACCGAAGCGGAGAAGUGGAUUCAAGUCUACCGUAUCCUCUUCCCUGACGUGAGAGAGCGGGAAAUUCCGUCACCGUACCAUAAUGCAGAGGACGCCGAGAAGAAUCUGGGAGGCUACGAAGAUUAUCUUCGCCGUGAACUUCCACCGCUGGUCCGCCGACAGCUUGAAAAAGAGGUCGAGCGUGAGCUGAGUUUCGUCGAGGAAGGGAUGAAGCAAAAGGUCAUUGACAUUGCUCGGAAUCUCCAGCUCACGCUGUUCAAGGGCUACCAACAGCUUGAGAACCAAGAGCGAGGACUGCAAGAAGCGCUGAGUGUUGAUGCGUCUUCAAGCUCCGAGAUGGCAGCGUCUUUCUUCACGGCGACCGACGCUUCGCCGUCAACCAUGACGACUGGCGGCACAACGCCAGAGAUUCCGGAUCCGUUGGACAUAUUUGGUGAUCCCGCUAUUCCGGACUUCGACUUUGGUUUUCUUGCCGAUAUUCCUUAUCCAGAGUCGCAGUCGCCCUCUAAGGGGCAGAAUCUGGGCUUGGAGUUCAAUCCUUCUUUUGCAACUCAAGAACCGGCUACGAUCACACCUGUGAUGGAGUUGCUCGGGGCACAGCAACACGAUCUGCCAUACUACGGACUAGAAGGCUACCAAGAUCCAAAUAGCCAGAGGAUAGACGCGAGCGUUCUGAGCUACCUUCCAUGA